CUCCUGAAUUCCGACCCACCUUUUAAACCCAAUUAAAAUUUAAAACCCCUUUACUUUCUUUUAUUAUUCCUUUUCUAUUUUCAAUUCCUAUACAACAACCAAACACAAACCACCUUGUUUCAAACUUCAAACCAACCUCCCUUCAAUUCAUCAUUUCAGUGUAAACAGUUUAUUUUAAAAUUAAAAAAACACAAACACACAUGCAAAAUCAUCCUUUUGAUAAAAAAACAUACCCAAAAACUAUGCAUUAAUUAAUUUCACCCUUGAAAAAGUGGGAAAAAAAAUGAAACAAGAUAACAAAAAAAGGGGUUACUUGAACAUAUCACCAUUAUUGAAGCUUAUACUUUGUUUGAGUAUACCAUUGAUUUUGGUAUUUGGGUUUGUUUGUUUGAAUGGAGGUCCAAAUUCUUCUAAUUGGGUCGUCUUGAAUUCUUCAACUACAUCCGGUGUAAAUUCAAGGGAGAAACAUCGAGUUUCAGUAAAAGAUUUGAGGUCAAAGAUUGAUGGAGUAGCUGAGGAAACUAGUGUUGCAACAGAGGAUUCUGUUUUAUCUCAGCAUCUUGAAACUCAAGCUGCUGCUGCUGCUGCUGCUUCCUCUGUUUUUGCACCAGCGGCAAAUGAGACUUCAAGAAUAUUGAAGGACAUGACUCCAAAUUCCACCGAUACCUUAAAUGAAACACAUACCCCUGAAACGAGGAUAUUUAAACUAGAGAAGGUGGCUACUGAUUUGGAUAAGCUUGAAUUUGGACUUCAAAAGGCUCGGGCCGCUAUUAAGGAAGCUCGGUAUAAGAAUCGUACCUAUGAUGACCCCGACUUCAAUCCCGUCGGUCCCAUGUAUUGGAAUGCCAAUGCCUUCCACAGGAGCUACUUGGAAAUGGAGAAACGAUUCAAGGUGUUUGUUUACGAGGAAGGAGAAUCCCCGUUGUUCCACAAUGGCCCGUGUAAAAGUAUAUAUUCAACCGAAGGGAACUUUAUACACCUAAUGGAGAUCAAUAAUCAAUUCCGAACUAAGAAUCCAGAUAAGGCUCAAAUUUUCUUCCUCCCCUUAAGUGUCACUAUGAUGGUACAUUAUGUUUAUCCACGGGAUUCUCGUGACUUGGGUCCUAUAAGACGCACUAUGAGAGAUUAUAUUAACGUUAUUUCCAGUAAAUAUCCUUACUGGAAUCGCAGCCUUGCAGCGGAUCAUUUUAUGCUCUCUUGUCAUGACUGGGGUCCAGAAGCAUCAUUUUCAGUUCCUUAUCUAAGGAAGAACUCUAUUAGAGUCCUUUGCAAUGCUAACACCUCCGAAGGGUUUCAACCUCGGAAAGAUGUAUCCCUUCCCGAAAUCAACCUGCGCACGGGGGCAAUUCAUGGUUUUGUUGGUGGUCCAUCCCCUUCACGGCGCUCCAUCUUGGGCUUCUUUGCAGGUGGGCUUCAUGGGCCCAUUAGACCCAUCCUCCUUGAGCAGUGGGGAAACAAGAAUGACCAAGACUUAAAAAUCUACAAAUAUCUGCCAAAAGGAGUAUCCUACUAUGAUAUGCUAAGAAAUAGCAAAUAUUGUAUUUGCCCAAGUGGUUAUGAGGUUGCAAGCCCUAGGAUAGUGGAGGCUAUCUAUACAGGUUGUAUACCAGUUCUUAUCUCAGAUCAUUAUGUUCCACCAUUUAGCGAUGUGUUAAAUUGGAAGUCAUUCUCAGUUGAAGUGUCUGUCAAGGAUAUACCCAAGUUGAAGACAAUCUUAUCAAGUAUUUCAACGAGGCAAUAUUUGAAGAUGUAUCGAAGAGUGCUUCAAGUAAGGACUCAUUUUGAAGUGCAUUCUCCUCCUAAACGUUAUGAUUUCUUCCACAUGAUACUUCAUUCAGUUUGGCUUAGGAGAUUGAAUGUUCACGUACAUGAUCAUCUUGAGUUGUAAAUCCUGUUAAAUCUAUAUCAGCCUUCCAUGUUGUUUGUCA